AUGAUUCUUUUGAUUGCCAAAUGCUCAAAUGACAUUUCAGAACAAGCGCGACUGGAUGGAGCAUUUUGCUGCAUCAGUGAAGAAGACAAAUUUGCCUACUUGAGACGAGCAUACGAACAGGGAGUGAGGAAUUUCGAAAUGGAGUGUACCUGUUUCACCGCCCUUUGCCGACUAGCUGGAGUUCGAGGUAAGUCAUUAUGGUGCACAUUACUGUUGGGGAUGCGAUCUGUAAGACAGAUCCUGUGGAAUGAUACCAGGGUGAUUAUGUGCGUCUGCCUGAUGUACAGAAAUGCAACAUUUGAACGGUAA